AUGUAUAAGACUAUUUAUUUAUUCGUUGCAAUAUUUGUAACCAGUUGUUUGGCAUUUUGGCAGCAAAGCGUUGGCGUAAAAGGAAUUUUGAUGUGCAAUGAUAAACCACUAAUUAAUGCCAAAAUAAAACUGUGGGAUAAAGACAAAACUGGCAAAGACGGUGAACUAGCAGCAGUAAAAACGGAUUCAAAUGGAAAAUAUGAAAUAAGUGGUGGAGCUGAAUCAUUUUUCUUGAAAGUUGUUAUCAUGAAAAUAUAUCAUAGUUGCGGGGAUUCGACAUGUGAACAUAUCGUGGACUUCGAAAUACCGAAUGAGUAUAUAACGAGAACAAACGAAGUUAAAAAAUGGUUAAACGCUUAUACAAUGAAUAUGGAAGGAAAAUUUAAUAAUGAAAAAAGAAGUUGUUUUAACUAA